AUGGAGAAUGACCAGUCUCCCACCUCAUCUGGGCAGGACAUCCAGGGGCAGAGCGGGGACAAACCUGCUCCUGGCUCACAGCCUGCUGCUGGAGCCCCUGUGGAGCAGCCGGGUGCCCAGCCUGGAGCAGCCGUAUGUGACAUCUCAGAGGAGCUGAGCCGGCAGCUGGAGGACAUUAUUAAAACCUAUGGCUCUGCCACGAGCCUGAUGGAGAAGGAAAGCGCUGCUACGGGAACAGACAAGGCUGAGAAGGGAGAGACAGGCAGUGUGGAGGAUGCAGAGUAUGAAGAUGCAAACGAAGAGAGUGAGAAAGAGAAGCUGGCUCCUGGGGAUGCUUCCAGAGCAAAGGAGCCCAGUGGCAGCAAGGAACAAAAGCUGGAAAAGAAAAUCCUGAAAGGUCUAGGGAAGGAAGCCACCCUACUGAUGCAAAGCUUGAACAAGCUGAAUACUCCAGAGGAGAAGCUGGACCUGUUAUUUAAGAAGUAUGCUGAGCUGCUUGAAGAACAUCGUGCUGAGCAGAAGAAGCUCAAGUACCUGCAGAAGAGGCAGGCCCAGAUCACCAAGGAAAAGGACCAGCUGCAGAGUGAGCACAGCCGUGCCAUCCUCGCCCGCAGCAAGCUCGAGAGCCUGUGCCGGGAGCUCCAGAGGCACAACAAAAACCUCAAGGAGGAAACCAUUCAGCGGGCAAGGGAGGAAGAUGAGAAGAGGAAAGAAAUAACUAACCAUUUCCAGGGCACACUGAGUGAAAUCCAGGCUCAGAUCGAGCAGCAAAGCGAGAGGAACAUGAAGCUCUGCCAGGAGAACUCAGAGCUGGCAGAGAAGCUGAAAAGCAUCAUUGACCAGUAUGAGCUGAGGGAAGAGCACCUUGAUAAAAUAUUUAAGCACAGAGAACUUCAACAGAAACUGGUGGAUGCCAAGUUGGAGCAGUCUCAGGAAAUGAUGAAGGAAGCCGAGGAGCGACAUCAGAAAGAAAAGGAAUACCUCCUGAACCAAGCUGCAGAAUGGAAGCUCCAGGCCAAAAUGUUAAAGGAGCAAGAGACUGUCCUGCAGGCACAGAUCACUCUCUACUCUGAAAGAUUUGAAGAAUUUCAGAAAACAUUGACCAAAAGCAAUGAAGUGUUUGCCACUUUCAAACAGGAGAUGGAGAAAAUGACAAAGAAAAUGAAGAAGUUGGAAAAGGAUACUGCUACAUGGAAAUCCAGGUUUGAGAACUGUAACAGAGCAUUACUGGACAUGAUUGAAGAGAAAGCCAUGAGGUCCAAGGAAUAUGAGUGCUUUGUGCUGAAAAUCCAGAGGCUAGAGAACCUUUGCCGGGCUCUGCAGGAAGAGAGAAAUGAAUUGUACAAAAGAAUAAAGCAAGCACAGUUCCCUGAAGAGGUGAAUGGAAAUGGCAUCUUAGAAGAAGAGGAAGAAGAUGCUGAUACAAGCCCUUCCUCCUCUGAGCAGGCGAGCAUUGAGCUGUGCGCCACUGACACCAGUGUGCUGAAGGAGCUGGCUGAAGCUUUCAGGGUGUCCCACAAGGUUGAGGAGUCCCUCCCAAGCAACAGCAGCAAUCCAGAGACCUGUGAUGCUCAAACAUGUAAUGCUGUCCCAGUGCCAGAGCUCCCCUCUCCUCUAACCCCAUGGCCAGAGGCCGGGAAUUGCUGUGAGCAGCCCAGCACCAGCACACCAACACCCACUGAACAUGUGCCAGCACCCACUGGGAGCACACCAGCACCCACUGAAAAUAUGACAACACCCACCGAGAACAUGCCAAAGCCCACCAAAAGUGUGCCUGCACUCCCAGAAAGGGUGCCAACACCCUCAGAAAGUGCACCAAUACCUCCUGUGAGCGUGGCAGUACCCACUGGGAAUAUGUCCAAACCCACUGAAAGCAUGCCAGCAACCCUCGGAAAUGUGCCAACACCCCCACAAAACGUGCCCACUCCCCUUGGGAAUAUGCCAGUACCCACAAAAAGUUCACCAAAAACUGCAGAAUGUGUGGAUGACCCAGCAGAGCCAUCUGUCCAUGGUCAGUCCGCAGAGCAAACAGGGGACACCGACAUGGAAGCAGUGGAUUGA